AUGCCGACCCUCCUCGAGGCCCUGACAAGACGGAAUGUGGUAAUCAACUCUGAUGCCGUCGUUCCGGGCGGCAAUACCACUGUCAUCACAAGCAUUCUGCCCGAAAAUUGGUCUCCAUGGCUCGACUUCAACUACGCCACCCUGACACGAAUCUUCCGGAGGGAGCUUGCCUCGGAAUACCAAGGUUCACCAGAGCAACGGCCGCUGGUGGAAGACUUGACGAUCAACAAUGAGGAAACUCUAGAAGACCUCUUGCGAAGAUUCGUUGCCCCAGUCGUCAACUACGCGUUGGAUGGCCAGGCAGGACAGUGCCAUCUUGGUCGGGGAAGUCGAUGUGGGGCUAAGGACAGGCCUGACUGGUCUGUGAUUUCUCCAAUGCGCCUCGACGAAUACGGACGACACGCCAACAUGCUCCCAGGAGACACCAAGCUUGACGCAAAGUGGUGGCCUACAAUGGUCGAGGAGGACGAGAGCAACUUUGCUCAAUGGCAAAAGGUCGUGGCCCAAGCUGAGACCUAUAUGGCCCUACAUCGAUCCAGAUACGGGUUCAUCCUCACAGACAGAGAUCUUGUUGUGUUGAGAAUCACUCGCCAGCCUAUCGACCCCGGCCUGGCUCAGGGGCGUCCUCAAAGAGAGAUUACUGGUGCUGGUCAUUCGAGACAAACUUCCGAUGCCACUAUGGAGUCAAGCGUUGUUUCGUCAUACAGGGACAACAACGGUAUGGAGUGGGACUACUCUGAACCUGAAUAUGCCACUAUUCCCUGGGCUGCACAUGGAUAUGGAAACCUCACCAUCAAACUUUCUCUCUGGUGCUUGGCUAUGAUGGCUACGAAUGGCGACGCAUUUAUCGACUAUUCGUAUCCCGGCUUGGACAGUUGGCGUGCUGCAGACAAGGGAUAUGUUCACAAUACAUCAGGCGCGGCUAAAGCAAAGCUUUCCAAGGAAGAUGCGUUUCAAGAGCCCGAUCCUGACAGACCUUGGAGAGAAAGAGCUGCCCAUGAAGCAGCAGCAGUACCGCCCGGUAGCUAUUACGGCGGCAUUCAAAGCCCUGGUGGCGGCGAUGGCGGGGCCAACUUUAGCCAAGCUGGUAGCACCUUUGACGAAGGCCAUGGCCAAGGAUACGGAGGUUCCAACAACAAGGGCGACAACCAGAGCGACCAGCAGAGCGACCAAACGGUAGUCGGAUCUUCUCGCAAGCAUGACAAGCGUGACACUCGCAAGCAUGUCACGGGGAAGAGGCACAAAACAGGCAAGAAGAAGCUUUACUUUGUCAACGCCAAUGGAUACGAAGUAGAUACGUCCAAGAAAGACUGGACGAAAGUCGAAGGUGGAUACGAAUACAAGGGCCGGAAGUAUGUCUAUUUCACCAAGGGAUUUCCUGAGUAG